AUGGACAAGCAAGUGACAUCAUUCCCCCUACUCAUCAACCUGAUUCGCCUUGCCGCUCUGCCAUCCUAUUUGAGCUUGUCGUUAACGAAAGCGAGGACAGAGGCUGUGCACUUGGCAAAAUCCCUGAUGGGUGUAAGUACGGUCGUGACCCUCAAUGUGCCCUUCCACAUCUUGUCUUCCUUCUUAAUCCUUGGAUUACACUCUGAAAGAUAUCAACCGCUCUACAAUCGAUUAUCUCAACUAUGCCUUAAACCCGACUUUAAGAAGUUCGAGGCGAUUCUUCGCUUCGGCAAGACAAUUCGACCUCUCGUUCCACGAUCCAACUCCCACCAAACCACUUCCCCUAUCCAGUUGUCGACUUCGAAACCUUUGUCCAAAAGGGGAAGACAUGAACCGUCUCAACUGUUAGCGGAUGCAUUUGAAGAAAUCAUGGCAGAAUGUGACACCCCAGAGUCGCCUCAAGAUGCAGACAGCUCAGACAGCCCAAACAGCUCUAUCGUCUCAGACAGCUCUCUCACCUCGGACAGCUUAGCAGCAGAUUCUAGCAUCGUCGCCACCGUCCAUAAUGUGGCAGAUCCUGAUACCAGAGCGCGGAGCCCAGCGGGCUUGCCUUCCCUCGACUCUGAGGUUGUGGGACUUUCCUUCGAUAGACUCUAA